UUGUCCCAGGCUCCACUUCUCCCAUGGCUCCUGGAGAUCUUCCAGCCUCCCUUCCUCUGUGUGUGUCUGCUGCUGGCCUCUGGCUUUGCCCAGGCAGGCAGGCUGCUGGUGGUGCCCAUGGAUGGGAGCCACUGGUUCACCAUGCAGAUGGUUGUGGAGAAACUCAUCCACAGGGGGCAUGAGGUGGUGGCAGUUGUGCCAGAGGUGAGUUGGCAACUGGGAAAAUCCCUGAAUUUGACAGUGAAGACAUAUUCAACUCCUUAUACUCUGGAGGAAUUCAAUCAUAUGUUCAAUUAUUUUUCUGACACUCAAUGGAUAACUCCAGAACAACGUAUACUUUCUUUAAUAAUAGGCUCAGUCAAAGUGUUAUUUGAAUUAAGAGCUUCACACUGUAGGAGUUUGUUUAACGACAAGAAGUUAGUGGAGUACUUGAAGCAAAGUUCUUUUGAUGAUGUGUUUCUGGAUCCACUCGAGGUGUGCGGCUUAACUCUGGCCAAGUAUUUGUCGCUCCCUUCAGUGGUCUUUUCAAGGUAUUUCUAUUGCCACCAUCUUGAAGUGGGCAAUCAGUGCCCAAGUCCACUGUCUUAUGUUCCUAGACUCUUCUCAAAAUUCACAGACACCAUGACUUUCACAGAGAGAGUGUCAAACUUUGUUUUCUACAUGGAAGAGUGGGCAAUUUGUCACUACUUGUUCAAAGCUGCUACAGACAUUGCCUCUGAAGUUCUCCAGACCCCAGUGACUAUGGAUGACCUCUUCAGCCAAGUGUCUAUUUGGUUGUUACACACAGACUUUGUGUUAGAUUUCCCCAGACCUGUGAUGCCCAACAUGGUGUUCAUUGGUGGGAUCAACUGCCAACAAAGAAAGCCGAUUUCCAAGGCUUUUGUGGACCCUUUGGAUGUGUGCAACUUAGUUGUUACCAAAUAUCUUUCCCUUCCACGUGAGAUGGUCGGAUGGUCAGCAGAGUGAUGUCUUGCUGUAAUGUUGAAGGAAGCACUCAGGGCUCCAGUCCCUUUCCCGUGUGCCCCAUCUUCUGCACCGCCUCCCACAUACCCUGACUGUCAAACACAGUGGGAAUUAUUUUCAUUUGUUUGUUAAGCAAUUAUUUUCUCAUGGAGAUCACCUCUGAAUUUCUCCAACUCCCUGUGACAAUGGUCUCUACAGGGACAUUUCCAUUUGGUGUCAGGCACUGACUUUACUUUUGACCAUCCCAUCCUGUGAUAUUCAACUUGGUCUCCCUGGUGAGAUCAAGGGCCACCAGGGCUAGUCACUUUCCCAAGUGUGUUAUCUGUCCCUUAGCACAGGAAGGGAGGCCUGAUUUGGAUGUUAGAGGGAAAACGGGUUUUUAUUAAACUUUUUGUCAUUUG